AUGCCAUCCCCAUCCGAUUUGGAUAAAAUUGUAUUGUCCUAUUUACAGAAGAAAGGUUACAAGGCAACGGAACGAAUAUUCUUGAAAGAAUUGGAGCCUGAGCCUAUAGAGGAACCAGCUGAAGAACCAGAACCAGAAUCUUCCAAAACUAACGAGGAAAUUGACGAUCCUGAAGCAUACGAUGUUAGUUACAAAAGUCUUCGAGAGUGGAUCGAGAAUUCCCUGGAUUGGUAUAAACCGGAAUUGCGAUCCGUUCUUUUCCCGAUCUUUGUGCAUGCUUAUCUGGAUCUCGUCAGCAAAAACUUGUCGAAAGAAGCCAAAAAGUUCAUGGAGACUUACAAGGGCGACCAUGUCGAAUUACAUACUCCCGAUCUGAAUAGACUUGCCACCGUCACCGACGCGCAACACGUACGCGAAAACGAAUUAGCCCAAAUUUAUCGUAGCAACAAAUACAACUUGCGCAUGUCGAGCGUACCGUUUGAACUGUUUCUCAACUAUCUUCAAGAUAAUAAGUUUAUGCUUUUACUGCGGAUUGUUAACCAGUACCUUAAUAUACAAGUCGUGCAUGGCAAACUCCUGAACUCCGCGGGCGGAUUGGAGACAGACGAUGUAAUCGGUAUCACCGGUCAUGAAUCACAGCAAAUUGAAGCAUUCAAUCAACAACCUGUUCAACUUGGCCAACCACAACCCGAUCCCUCAUUCAAGGAAGAACUCGAGCAAGCAUUAAAAGAUAAAGAUAACGCAAGGAAGGAUGAGAUGGCGGACCAGCCAUUCCAAAGCGACUAUUUACCAUUACUAAGUACAUACAAAAAGCUGAAGCAAGAUUCAUCAGUAGAGCGACCGGCCUUUGGCGACAUUCCCUUACCACCUUACAAAGGCACCGAUCUUCAAGCGGAAAUCGAUUCCCUGGAAGAUGUAGCAAAACGUAUUCCGCUCGGUCCUUCCUCUUUACCAAGUAUAUGCUGCUAUACAUUUCACAACACCCAUGACAAUUUGAAUUGUGUUACCGUAUCCAAGGAUGCAAGUCUUGUUGCGGGUGGAUUUUCUGAAUCCUUCAUCAAAAUUUGGAGUCUAAAGGGAGAGAAAUUGCGAGCACUGCGCAAUGCAAUCAACCCGGCUCAUGUGAAUGAUUAUGCCGAUCUCAACCGACAAAAGGAACGUCACGGCUCAGACUACAAAAGACUGGUCGGUCAUUCCGGUCCUGUCUAUGGCGUAAGUUUCAGCCCUGACAAUAAAUACCUCGUUUCGUGUUCCGAAGAUAAAACAGCGCGGUUAUGGAGUACUCAGACGUUUUCCAACUUGGUGAUUUACAAGGGACACAAUCAUCCGGUGUGGGAUGUGGAUUUCGGGCCUUUUGGCUUUUAUUUCGCUACAGCUUCGCAUGAUCGUACAGCAAGAUUAUGGAGUUGUGAUCACAUCACGUCCCUCCGAGUAUUUGCUGGCCAUCUGUCUGAUGUUGAUACGGUGAAAUUUCAUCCAAAUUCCAAGUAUUUGGUCACAGGAUCCAGCGAUCGCACAGUUCGCAUGUGGGAUGUGCAAACGGGUGCUUGUGUUCGUGUAUUCACAGGUCAUACUGGCGGUGUAAAGACUGUAGCUGUAUCUCCCAACGGGAAGUGGAUGGCAUCUGCAGGCGAAGAUAAAUCCAUCAUUGUUUGGGAUCUGAGUUCAGGGAAACGAUUGAAAUGCAUGACGGGACAUACCGACUUUAUCUAUUCUGUUGCGUUUAGUGCGGACAAUAAUGUGUUGGUUUCCAGUGGUGCCGAUUGCACGGUGAGAAUGUGGGAUGUGAAUGAAGACUCGAUGGAUACAGCGACGCCUUUGAUUUCUGGAUCCGAUACCAAACGCAUGCGAAUGGAUUAUGACCUUGACAAGCAGAAAAAGGCAGUGACGGAAAGUCGGGAGCAUUUGGCCGUCUUUCCAACGAAAUAUACACCCAUCUACGACGCCCAGUUUACCAAUCGAAAUCUUUGUAUAGUCGCUGGUGCAUUCUGUCCUCCUAAAAAUAAAUAA